AUGUCGGGCCGCAAUACGCGUAUGGCCCAAUGGCUGGACUACAGAGUGCGUGUCACAAUCUCUGAUGCCCGGUUCGACAAGUACAUGAAUGUGGUCCUUGCAGACUGUGAAGAGUUCAGGAAGAUCAAGUCUAAGGGCCGCAAAGAUGAGGAGAAGGAAGUGAAGCGCACGCUUGGGUUUGUAGUGCUUCGAGGGGAAACCAUCGUAUCCCUCAUGGCCGAGGCGCCGCCACCUACAGGGCCCAAGAAGCCAGACAUCCAACCAGGUCCUGGCCGUGGUCAGGUUGCAGGUCGCGGAAUGCCUGCCGCUCCUUUGAGUUCAGCACCAGCUGGGCUGUCUGGUCCGGUCAGAGGAGUGGGUGGACCUGCAGCAAUUCAAAUGCAGCCGAAGGCGAGCGCAGAGGGAAACUGA